AUGUCGGAGAAAAUGCCUUACGAGCUCUUCACAAACAAAACUCGAGCUUUUGUUUAUGGUCUUCAGCCCCGCGCUUGCCAGGGCAUGCUUGACUUUGACUUUAUCUGCAAGCGCGAGAUCCCCUCUGUUGCUGGUGUUAUUUACCCCUUUGGCGGCCAGUUCGUCACCAAGAUGUAUUGGGGCACCAAAGAAACACUUCUCCCUGUCUACCAGCAGGUUGAGAAGGCAAUUGCCAAGCACCCCGAUGUUGAUGUGGUUGUUAACUUUGCCUCAUCUCGUUCCGUGUACUCUUCAACUCUUGAGCUUCUUGAAUACCCUCAAAUCAAGACCAUUGCUAUCAUUGCCGAGGGUGUCCCUGAGCGUCGCGCUCGUGAGAUUCUCUACAAGGCUAAGAAGAAGGGUGUCACCAUCAUUGGCCCUGCCACUGUCGGUGGUAUCAAGCCUGGCUGCUUCAAAAUUGGUAACACUGGUGGUAUGAUGGAUAAUAUUGUUGCCUCCAAGCUCUACCGUCCCGGUUCUGUUGCCUAUGUUUCCAAGUCUGGCGGUAUGUCCAAUGAGCUUAACAAUAUCAUUGCUCAUACUACCGACGGUGUUUACGAAGGUAUUGCCAUUGGUGGUGAUCGUUACCCUGGUACUACCUUUAUCGACCACAUUUUGCGUUACGAAGCCGAUCCCAACUGUAAGAUUAUUGUCUUGCUUGGUGAGGUCGGCGGUGUCGAAGAGUACCGCGUUAUUGAAGCUGUCAAGAAUGGCAUUGUCAAGAAACCUAUUGUUGCCUGGGCCAUUGGUACCAUUGCCUCCAAGCUUAAGACCGAGGUUCAAUUCGGUCACGCUGGUUCUAUGGCCAACUCUAACCUUGAAACAGCUGUUUCUAAGAAUGCUGCCAUGAAAGCUGCUGGAUUCUACGUCCCUGAUACCUUUGAAGACCUCCCAGAAACUUUGGCCCAAGUUUAUGAUUCCCUUGUUAAGAAGAAGGUCAUUGUUCCUGAACCUGAGCCUGAAGUUCCCAAGAUUCCCAUUGAUUACUCUUGGGCCCAAGAACUUGGUCUCAUUCGCAAGCCUGCUGCCUUUAUCUCUACUAUUUCUGAUGACCGUGGCCAAGAACUUUUGUACGCUGGUAUUCCUAUUUCCGAAGUCUUUAAGGAGGAUAUUGGUAUCGGUGGUGUCAUGUCUUUGCUGUGGUUCCGCCGACGCCUGCCUCCUUAUGCCUCCAAGUUUUUGGAAAUGGUUUUAAUGCUGACGGCUGAUCAUGGUCCGGCAGUUUCUGGUGCUAUGAAUACUAUUAUUACCACACGUGCUGGAAAAGAUCUUAUUUCUUCCCUCGUCUCUGGUCUUCUGACAAUUGGUGAGCGCUUUGGUGGCGCGCUGGACGGUGCCGCCAACGAGUUUAAGAAUGCCUUUGAUAAGGGUCUCUCACCACGCCAGUUUGUCGAUUCGAUGCGCAAGCAAAAUAAGCUUAUUCCUGGCAUUGGCCAUAAGGUUAAGUCGCGUAACAACCCUGAUUUCCGUGUCGAACUUGUCAAGGAAUUUGUCAAGAAGAACUUCCCCGCUACAAACCUUUUGGACUAUGCGCUGGCCGUUGAAGAAGUCACUACAUCUAAAAAGGACAACCUUAUUCUUAACGUCGAUGGCUGUGUUGCCGUAUCGUUUGUUGACCUUAUGCGUUCGUCUGGUGCAUUUACACCAGAAGAAGUUGAGGAAUACUUGAAGAAUGGUGUUCUCAACGGUCUAUUUGUGUUGGGCCGUUCUAUUGGUCUUAUUGCCCAUCAUCUCGACCAAAAGAGACUCAAGACUGGUCUUUACAGACAUCCAUGGGACGACAUUACCUACCUUGUUGGCCAAGACGCUAUGCAGACUACCAAGCGUGUCGAAGUUGACGCUCGUGGUGUCUCCAAGGCUGUCAGCAAGAAGGGUGGUCCUCAAAAGUAA